AUGUAAUGGAUUAGAGACUAUAUGAAUCUGAUAAUUUAGACCAACUUGUCACCAUCAUUAAAUAGUGCCAAGUUCAUUACUUUUUAGAUUCUGAUCUACUAUUUGCAACUCACACAUUUCAUCACUCAAAACUAUGAUGAAAAUGUUUUCAGAUUGAUUAAAAACAUAUCAGAAAUUUGUGUCUUGACUCCAUUGCUUUAAAGUAUCUAUGCAGUAAAUGUAUUGACUGGCAUAUUGCUUAUCCUCUUAAACUUAUUACCCUAUCUAAUAAUUUUGCAUAGAAAAUUCACAAAUGAACAUUAAAAAGUGGCAAUCAUAUCCAAAUCAUUAUCACAGUAUGCCACCAAGUUGGUGAAUUGUUAUUUCCUGUAUUUCACAUGGUUUCUUUACUUGCCGCAGAUGCAUUACAUAGGUUGGAACUUUUUAAGUCAGAAGGACCUAUUUCUUAUUGUGAUAUCUACGAUUAUCCUUUGUAUCUCAACUGGAUCUUUGUUGAUUUCAAACAUCUACUUCAUCAAUUUUGAAUUUAAUGAACAGUCUUUAAGAAAACAUUUCACUUAUUAUAAUUGUUAUGCACAAUUAUUGAUCAUUCCAAUGGCUAUCUUGAAUUAAAGUGCUGAAUCUUUAUACUAAUUGAUUGGCAGAAUCAUUCAUGGCAUCAUCCUAUUUGUGUUAAUUUAUGAGGCCUAUGUCGAAUUACCAUUUGGGUUCUCUAAGUACUCGACCGUCUACAAUCGAUUAUUAAUUAUGCAUAUCUUGCUGUUUAUUUUCACGUCAUAUCUGUAUUCAUCUCCUGAACAAGCCUAUAGUUUAUUGGCUAUUAUGUUAAUACUCCAACCAGUCUCAUAAUAUCUCUUUUAAACACUAAUAUAACACAAGAGACUAAAGACUUAUCACAACACUGUAAAUUAAUAUUAUGAAUUGUUAAUUAUAGAAGAUUUCUUUGAUUUAAUAUAGGCUGCUUAGAAAAGCAAAAAAAGAAUCAUAGAGUUAAUUUAGAAAUUUAGUUUGCAUUUGAAUCGUUGUCAAUCGGUUAAAUGUUAAUGUAAAAAAAUAGGUGCUGUAGGUGUAUUAAGAUAGGAAGACGCAGUCAUUUUAACCUCUUGUUUGUUUAGAAUUGGAUUUGAAAAACAUAGAAACGAUUCCAAAAAUUUAGAAAUUUACAGUCUCAAAUUUCUUACAUUUAUAAAUAAAUACAGAAAUAAUGCUCCGAAAAGUUAUCAAGAAUUGAAGAUAUUAUUUUAAAAGAAACGAGAAUAUUCAUUUUAUUUCAUUUAAAUUUCACUCUUACUCUAGUUCAUCUUGUAGGCUUAGAUGUAAAAGGAUGAGGAUUACAAUAUCAAUAAGGAUACCAGGGUCUCAAAUGUGAAAUUGUAAGUAAGCAAAAGUGAAAGAAGUAUUGUAUAAACCUUAUAUUAAAUGGAAUAAAUUAAAUAGAAUCUACUACCCUUAUUGAUGUAAUUGACUUAAUUUAAGGUUCAAUUUUGGAAGCAAUAUUUGGCUGGUAAAUUUUCCAAUUUUUCUGAAAUUGAAAUUGAAGUCAAAAAAUUGCAGCUUUUAAAAAACUAAAUCUUAAAUCAACUCAAAAUUUACCAACCAAUAUUUUAUACUCAUGGUCGUACAUUUAAUGUGCAAUUCCUUAAAUACAGUGCUUUGAUUGAUUUGCUACUAUUUAACAAUGUUAGGAAGUAUUUUGAAUUAGAAAGAGAAAGACGAGAAAUAUUAUAAUUAGAGAAGAGCAUGAACUCUUUUGAUAUAACAAAUAUUAACUUUUUUAAAGGAGAAGCCAUUUCAGUGAAAGUUUGUAUUGCAUAAGGUCCAAAUAUUGGAAAAGUAUUAAAUGAGGUCAUCUCACCAUUGAUUCCUAAAUUUUUUGGGUUUCAUCAUUUUGAUAAUCCCAUGGAAGCUUUUCUAGAUUUUACAAAGGGAAAUAUUAAUACGUUGAUGCCUACUUGGUUAGAGCCUGUUCAUGAUGAAAUUAUGUAAAAUUAUAUAAGAAGAGGAGGAACAGCCAGGAUAGGUAAAUACUUUUAAACUUUUGCAAAAAUAUAUGAUAAAACUUUGAUUAGAUGUUAAGUCUACCUGGCUCAUAAUUUUAGUUAGAAUCUGACUGAUGAUUUCACUAUGAUUGGUUGUUUGAAAUCCUUAGAAGUAGAUUAACCAAAAUUCAUUCCAGGAAAAGAACCUAAAAAAAUAAAAGAUGUGGCUUUUAAAGGUACUUAACAUAUUUUAUUUGAUGUGAAUGGAACUAUAUUGGGAAUUACAUAAGGAUUAUAUUAAAUGAUUGAAAGAUUACAAAGGAUUAAAAGCAAUUAAAAGGUUGAAUCAUUGAAAAACCACAGUCAUGAAAAGAGUAAAUCUGAAAAUUCAUCAAUUGAGAGUGAGAGUUUUGAUGUGUAUUAAUAAUAAUGGUCGAAUGAAAUGUUAAGAAUAGAUGAAUUUUAUUAAAAAGUGUUAAUAUGGAUGUUGUUACCAUUCGUGCCUAGGGAGAUAGAAUAAACUGGGAUAGAAUACUUGAUGGAUGGAGAAACCCCGCCUAAGAAUCGAUAUCCAAAUUUAGUAGAUCUAGAAACUAGUAAUAGUAUAGUAAGCAAUAAGGAAACAUAUUUAUUUAUUCCUGAAGACAUUAAUUUAUUCGUAUCUUAGUAUGAAAAGGUGUUACAAAAAAUUAUGGAUGAUGUUCGUGUUCAAUCAAACAACUUUUCUUCAGGGUCAUACAAAGGAAUGAAGAGUGAAUAUUAAGAAAGUGAAAGCCUUAGUGCCUAAUAGAGUGUAACUAUUUACAAUGAAAAGUUGUGUAGCUUCUACUUUGAUUAACAUCUAAAAAGUCAUUAAGCCUUGUAGUUUGGCACCACAAGACAAUCAGAAAUACAAAAGACUUCGAUGAAACCCUCUUCUUAAUCAUAAGUUACCUUGCAUAGUGAAGAAGAUAGUGAAUAACUUAAAACUAAAGCCGAAAAAAUCUAUUAUGAUAAAUACACAAAAUACAUUGAAAAAAUUACACUUUAAAAUUUCAAUCCUGUUCCUAUAAUUUAUUCUGUGAAUUAUGAAGAAUAUAGAUAUAAAAAGAAUGAUGUUGGACAAAAAUAAUAAUUUUUUGUAAUUGAAUUAGUUGUUAAUGAAUCUUAAUUAUUAACUACUAUGGGAUAUAAGCGAUAAGUAAGGGAAACCAUUAAAUAAGCUUGUUUAAAUUUUUAAUCCAAAAGACUCUUGAUUGAAUAAUAAGUAUAAACUGAAGAUUCAAAUAGUGUUCAAAGCAAUAUUAGUGAAUAAAUAAGUGAUCACGAUGGAGAGAUAAUUAAUUACAUGUUCCCAACCCAUCCGUCCCAUUAUUACGAAGAUCUAUAUUUUCAAUCACCUAAACUUGAUUAAGAUUCUAAUUAAUUUCAAUCAAAUGAAGAUAAAAAUGAACCUUAAAAAAAAUAGAGCAUAAAUACAUAGGAUUCAUUAAUAAAAGGAUCUUUUAAAUUGAAAUUCCCUGAAAGGAAUCUAGCCUUGAAAACUAUGAAUAAAUAUUUGGAUAGGAAGAGAUAGCAAGAUUUCUUUAAUGAGACUGAUUCUAAGCUGGCUAUUGAUAGUCGAGCUUCCCAAUAAUAAAUUUAAGAAGAACAUUAAGUCAAAUAUUCUGAAAAUCUGAAACUAUUUGACUAGAAUUAUAAAUCAAUUCAUUCUAAAAUGGAAAUCUUUAAAAAUCCAACCUCUUUUAAAAUCUAAAAAUAUCUCCUAUAUUUUGUGCUCUUUUUGAUAAUUGGAUAUAUUAUCCUAUUAACAAUAGCUGUUUUACAACAAUAUAACUUUAAUGAAUGUUUUGAUUUAAUUGAAUUGAUGCUAUCAACUCAAUAAAGCUAUUCAUAAAUUACACAUGGACUUUUUCGUUUAGAAUUAUCAAAUAAAUUUAGUAUCGAUAAAAAUUUAACAGAAUUCUAUUCUCUUUAAAUUGAUUCUAAUCUCCAAAAUUUAAUCAAUCUACAAAGUGAAUAAUUGAUUAAUAUCAAUUAAAUUAACUUUAGUGUCAAUUAGUUUUAUAACAUAGAAUACUAGAUGAUUCUCAAUCCUACCUUGCAACAGACUAUUUAGAUGAGUUUGGCUUAAUUUUAUAAAAUCAAAAAUAAUUCAGCUAAUAAUUCAUAAGUUGCCCUAAAUUCAAUAGCUAAUUUAAAGGAAAUAGGAUAACUACCUAAAUUAGCAUACGAUAAUUGUUAUGAUGAUCAAGUAUAAAAUGAAGAACAACUUUAAUCCUUAUUGACAAUAUAUAUGCUAAUUAUUUUCUUUUUGGUAAUGUUAUUACAGUUUUUGUAAGUUCCCUUGAUAUCAAAAUUAAAAAAUGAUCAUAGGAGAUUAUACAAACUAGUGAUCAAGUUAUAAAUAUAUGAAGUGCAAGAUGAAAUUGAGACAUAUGAGCAUAUUUUGUCGAUAUUCAAAAAGUCAUUAUACGAAUGGAUGUUAAUUGAUUUUGUAUAAGAAACCAGAAUGUUCGAAAAUAGUCUUGAUAAUAUAUAGUUUUAAACUUAACAAUUAACCGAUUAGAGCUAAAAUCUUCUGCUUAAUAAUAGUAAUAAAAAAAAUAAAUUUAAAUUAUUAGAGAAGUUGAAAAAGUAACGCAUCAAUUAGUUUAAAUAUAUCAUAAUAUUGAUGAUGGGAUUAAUAGUUAUACUAGCCUAUUUUUUAAUUAUUUUCUUUGUUAUUUUUAUACUAUCGCAAUAAUUAUUUGCAAAUGCAGAUUUCCUAUUCAAAUUUAAAUUAAUCCAAUCUUACUUUAUCAACAUUAUCAAUAAUAUUGAUUUAGUAUCCUAUAAUACAUAUGAUCAAUAAAGUUUUAUAAAUCUUAUGAGUCAAGAGGAAUUUAAUAAUUAUUCGUUAUCAUUAAAAAGUGAUUAGUAAGACUAAUAUAUUGAAUUCAACAAUAAUUUUGCUUCAAUUGUGAGCGAUGAACAAUUACAGUACAAUUUACAAUAAAUCAACGAGAAUAACAUAUGUCUGGAUUAAAUUGGGAUUGCUUGUAAUGAAACUGAUUCAUUUAAACUGAAUCCUAACAUCCUCUAGUAUUAUUAGCAUGGCAUGAAGUAUUUAAUCACUUAAAUUGAUAAAUUAAUUGAAUCAUAACCGCAUUUUUUCUACGAUAGUAUUAAUAACAAUUCUUUCAAAUAAGUUUAAGAUUUUUAUAGCAAUAAUGAUCAUAUCGUAUACAUUGACUAUGGAAGUGAAAUCUUAAUUUCAGCAUAUGCAAAAUUAGUUGAAACUGCACACUAAGAGUUUGAUUAAGCAUUAACAAUAUACAAAUAAACACUGCUGAUAUUCAUUUUGAGUGUGGGAAUGAUGGGAUUGUUGAUUAUUUCGAUGUUAGGUAGAUUAUUACUGAAUAUGCAACAAGAUUCUAUUAGUACUUGCUAAUCAUCACUUCUUCUCAUUUCUCCUAAAAGAUAUUUGAAUCAAAAUAUAGCAUAAUUAACAUAGAAAAAAAGAUGA